UGAAAAUAUUUAGGAACUUUUGAAGUGGGAUGUAUAUCGAGUCAAGAAUUAUGAUGCUGCUAUGUUCUGUCACUCACUGUCUCUUAGCUUUUUAUUGUUUUUCUUUUCUUGACGUGUUUUUGUUGCCUAUCUUUUCUAUAACCCAUCAAAUUUUCACAUUCUCAAAUACACGCCUUUGAUGCUGGACAAUGUUUGACUUUAUUUUCUUAUUCUCUCUCUCUCUAGAUAUAUAUAUAUGUAUAUAUAUAACCCUCUUACUAUUGUUAUCAGCAUCGCCGUUUCCAUCCCUUACUUUCUUUCCUCAGAGGAAAAAGCAGAGGGGGAAAGGGCUUUUAACAGAUUUGGUGUUGAAAAAUGACAGAACUGAAACUUGCAGCAGUAGUUCUGUUUGUGGUUUUCUCCAUUAGUGCUGCAGAAAACCCUUAUAGAUUCUUCGAGUGGAAUGUCACCUAUGGCACCAUUUCUCCUCUUGGCGUCCCCCAACAGGGAAUUUUGAUAAAUGGACAAUUCCCAGGGCCUGAGAUAUUCUGUGUCACCAAUGACAAUAUCAUCAUCAAUGUUUUCAACAGCCUGAAUGAGCCUUUCCUCAUCCACUGGAAUGGUGUCCAAAACAGGAGGAAUUCGUACGAGGAUGGCGUGGCAGGGACGACAUGCCCGAUCCCUCCCGGCAAAAACUUCACGUACAUUCUGCAGAUGAAGGACCAAAUUGGUAGCUACUUCUACUUCCCUUCCCUCGCCUUCCACAAAGCCGCUGGCGGCUAUGGUUCCAUAAAAAUCCUCAGCCGGCCCCAAAUCCCGGUUCCUUUUGAUCCCCCGGCCGACGACUACUCCCUCCUCAUCGGUGAUUGGUACAAGUCCAACCACACUGCCCUCAGAGCCAUUCUUGACGGGGGCAAGAAGCUCCCUCCCCCUCAAGGCAUUCUCAUGCACGGCCAGGGCCCGAACGUCACAUCAUUCACCGUCCAACAGGGGAAGACGUAUCGAUUCAGGUUCUGCAACGUCGGGCUGCAGAACUCGCUCAAUGUUCGCAUCGACGGCCAUGAUAUGCUGUUGGUGGAGGUGGAAGGGACACACACAGUGCAGGUGAGCUAUUCCUCGCUCGACAUCCAUGUCGGACAGUGCAUGUCAGUCCUCGUCACAGCAAAUAAGCCGCCUCGGACGUACUACAUUGUCGCCACCACCCGCUUCACGGUGCCAUCACAGACCCUCACCGGCAUCGGUUUCCUUCGCUAUGGAAACUCCAAUAGCCCCCCAUCUGGCCCCCUCCCCGGGGGUCCGACCGAAGUUGUUUGGUCCCUCAAUCAAGCUCGUUCCAUUAGGACGCAUCUCACCGCAAGUGGUCCGAGGCCGAAUCCACAAGGAUCGUACCACUACGGCAUGAUAAAUACCUCGUUGACCAUCCGGCUGUCAAGCUCCGCAGGCCAAGUCAAUGGCAAGCAACGGUACGCCCUCAAUGGCGUAUCCUACGUUCAUCCCGACACGCCUUUGAAAGUCGCCGACUAUUUCAGCAUCGGCGGAGUUUUCCGCGUGGGUAGCAUUCCUUACACUCCCAACGGCCGGGGAAUCCGUCUUGACACAUCGGUCAUGCACGCCGACUACAGGGCAUUCGUAGAAAUCGUAUUCGAAAACCCGGAAGACAUCAUCCAAAGCUAUCACCUCAAUGGCUACGCCUUUUGGGUCGUAGGAAUGGACGGAGGGGCAUGGAAUAGCGUCAAAAGCCGGGCUCAAUACAAUCUACGCGACGCCGUCAGUCGAUACACAGUUCAGGUGUACCCGAAAUCUUGGACGGCGAUCUACGUUUCGCUCGACAACGUAGGCAUGUGGAAUUUGCGAUCGGAGUUCUGGUCGAGGCAGUACCUCGGGCAGCAAAUGUACCUCAGAGUUUACACGACGUCGACGUCGUUGAGAGACGAGUAUCCGAUCCCGAAGAAUGCACUGCUGUGUGGCCGGGCGACGGGAAGACACACACGGCCACUUUAAGGUUGUGGCCAUGGCUGCCUGUAAGAAAAAAUUUGCGAGUUUUUUAUCUUUAACCAUGGUUUAGACAGUGUUGGUUUGGUUAAUUUGACCUUAACUCGAGGUCUCUCAUUCUUUCGGUUUGUAACUGGGUUUCAUUGUUGUUGUCUAAUCUUCAAUUUAUGCCCCCAUAAUAAAUACUAGCAUAUCAUAUAUACAUAUCAAUUGAAUUUUAUUUCAUUGGGUGGAUUCUUUUAUUUUAUUUUAUUUUAUUUUAUUGAAUUAUGGGUAAAUUAUGUUACUGUAACUAUGUAAUGUUUUUACCCUGAUUAUAGUGGUAAAAUUCAGUAAAGUGAGUUGGAUUAAA